CUAUUAAUGAUGAUUGAAAAGUGUCUUUUAGUGGAAAUGACACAUACACACAAACACACACAAACACACACACACACACUCUCGCUUCUGAUUUCAAUCAUUUCCCGUGAGUGUGUCAGUCAUGGCAGCUCUCUCAUGGAUCCUCUCUCUCCUCUGUGUGGCAGGAUGUCACCGGUCUUCAGCCUCACCUGUUCCCCGCUCUGUCCGGGGGGUCCAGGGGCGGAACGUCACUCUGACCUGUGACCUGAGGUCCAGGGAGGAGGUCACCUGGUACCUGCUGCGUCCUGGGACAGACCAGCUGCUGCCCCUGCUGACACUCCACCUCAGUAAACUGGGAGAACAGGCGGUCGUCCAUCACUCUCAGAACUUCAGCCACAUGAGCAUCGGGGGGGGGGACCAGGAGACGGAGGGCGUCACUCUGGAGAUCGUGGAGGUGGAGGAGCAGGACGGGGGGAUGUACUUCUGCUCUACACGCUGUGCAGGGGUCAUGUGUUUCAACAGAGCGACUCUUCUCUCUGUGGACGGAGCUGAUGGGACGUCAGCCACAGACGAGACUGGUCCGCCAUGUUGGAGCGUGGGAAUCUGUGUCCUUCCUGGUGCAGGUGUCCUCGUCCUCGUCCUCGUCCUCGUCCUCGUCCUCGUCCUCUGCUUGGUCUCAGGUAAACCAGCUGUUUGCGGCUGUCGCUCCGGGAGCAGGGCGGCGGCUCCGGGGGUCACAGAGGACGACUCGCUCCAUUACUCCAGUCUGAAGCACAAGCCACGCCCCCCCGGCCCGCCGCGAGCGCGAUUGGUGGAGAAGGACGACACCUACUCGGCAGUGAGGGUCGCAAGAACCCUACGGGAUCACAUGACCGCAGAUAGAGGGUGACACUGCCACCCGCUGGUCGCACAGUAAAUGACAUGCUCUCGUUUCAUUAAAGAGUCAGUUUGUAGGAUUUAGUGACAUCUGGUGGUGAGGGUGCGUAUUGCACAACCCAACCCUCACCACUAGGUGGCCUAAUGUUGUGGAUGUUUUAUUCUUAUAUUUUUGACUUCAGAUUUGACUGCUGACUUGUUUCUUUGUUAUUAGUAUUAAUCAUCUAACAACCAGUUGUUUCCUUGACAGAUUGUUAGGCCGAACAACAAGAACAAAGUUAUUCUCUAAUUUUUAUACAUUCAAAGUACAAAGUUUGAUGUUAUAAGUUUUUAUGUCGUAAUGUGAACCCAAAAUAAACUUCACGUUAUGAGACUGUUUCUCUCUCACUGAGGUGGUUUACGAGUGAAUGUUACCAUGUGUUUAGAGAAAAUAAAAACUUAAAAAGAACAGGAGCAUAAAUAUCAUAUUUCCUUUUAUAAAUCAAAACAAUUUUACAAAGUGUUUUACGAAGAAGAAACGACAGAAGACAAACGUUCACUACGACUUUUACACUUGAUCAUUUUUUAUUCUGUUGAUCAUCAAAACAGAACUAUGUCCUUCA